GAAAAAAAUAUAAAGGUUAGUAUGUUGGUGAGGAGGAGAGGAGGAAAGGAUGCGUUUGGCAUUCUCUCUCUCCCCGGUUGGCCACACGACGAAGACAAACAGCGACUGCCACCACCACCACUCUCCACCAGCUCCUCCCCUACCCAGUAACCACCACCACCUAAACCCUCUCCAUUCCCCUUCUCCUUCUCCCCUUCUCUUUGUAGGCACAAGCACGUAGUCGUACACGGACAAAGGUCGCACCUUUCCUCUGUCUUCCUCUUCCUCCGCCUCUCCCCUCCAAGACCCAGAUAUGGAUGACCCUGAAGACCCCUUGCAUGGCGGCGGCGGCGGCGGCGAUCCCCCCCUCCUCCGCCGCCACGCCCCCGCGGCCUCCUCCUCCCCCUCCCCGUCCCGCUUGGCUCGCCUGAUCAGGACCCGCCACCGCUCCUUCCUCCUCGGGGACUGCGGCGACGGCGGCGGCGGCGGCGGGGGGGGCGGCGGAGGAUCGCGGGGCGACAUCGAGGAGGCGGCCUCGAGCUUCUUCGGGGAGGGGCUCGCCGCGUGCUCGAGGCCGAUCGUGGUCCUCGACUUCGUGUGGAACCUGGCCUUCGUGGUGGUCGCGGUGGUCGUGCUACUGUCCGCGUUCAAGGAGAGGCCGUCCACUCCUCUGAGGCUGUGGCUCUGCGGGUACGCCCUGCAGUGUCUGUUCCACGUGGGGUUCGUGUGCGCUGAGUACCGGCGGAGGGACGGGGACGAUGAGCUCGUGGGUGUGAGCGGGCUGUCGCGGUCGCCGAGUCGCAGCAGUUCCUUGUGUUCCUUAUCAAUGUUUUACAGGAUGCUUAAAAGAUUGGAAUCCUUGAAUACGUUAAUAUCGUCGGUAUGGUGGGUGUUUGGUUUCUAUUGGAUUGUUGUGGGUGGACAGCCACUUCUUCAAGAUGCGCCACGUCUCUACUGGUUGACAGUUGUUUUUCUUGCUUUUGAUGUCUUCUUUGUGAUCUUCUGCAUUGGUAUGGCUUUCGUGGUCUUCUUGGCUCUCUUUUGCUGCAUCCCCAUAUUGGCAAUUGCCUAUGCUGUUGCAAGCACUGAAGGGGCAUCCGAAGAUAUUAUCAGGAGUCUUCCUAAGUAUAGAUACCGCCCAGCUAGUGUGCUUAGCACGUUCAACAAUCUCGGGAUGGAAGAAGUUCUUGGGGCAAGGUCAGGAUUGGGAAACAAUGGUUCAAGUGGUGAACUUUUUCUUCAUUCAGAAGAUUCAGAAUGCUGCAUAUGCCUCUCAUCAUAUGUAGAUGGGGCGGAGCUUUAUACCCUUCCAUGCAAUCACCAUUUCCAUUGCUCAUGCAUCAGCAAGUGGCUCCUGAUAAAUGCAACUUGUCCCCUCUGCAAAUUUAACAUUCUCAAGGGAGACACGCUCGUCUGAACAGUCACCGAGACCAUAAGAAGGAGACCGCAUAGCUCCAGAUUGGAACGGGAGAGAGGAAUUUUAGCUUGCCAUGCUCUUGCUGAUACACUGACACUAAUGGCAAAUGCAAAUGAAGGUGAAAAGACAGAAUUGGGUUUUUCUCUUACAGCGAUUCCUGUUUGUAGCUAUUUAUGUAUGAUCGGCACCAAAUUUUGUAAAUAGAAUUCAUGUAAGAGUUAAUAUCAGCCUUGAUUUGCGA